CGCUUCCGGCGGAGCCAGGCCUGACUAAUCGAGCUCUCGUCUGGCGGCUCGGCGCUCGUCUGGCGUCACCUGCAGGCGUGGUGGUUUCCGGCGCGGUGGGUGAGGGUCGCAGGCGCCGCGGGGACGGUGUGAGUCGUGGACUGCCCCGACCUCAGCGAUGGCCUCUCUGCUCGCCAAGGACGCCUACCUGCAGAGCCUGGCCAGGAAGAUCUGCGUCCAGUCGGGCCCGCAGCCGCAGGCGCGCACGCGGGCUGGCAAAACUCAAGGCUCAGAAAUUGCAGGGCCCCCAAAAAAGAAAAGGAAGAAAACACAAAAGAAAUUCCGGGAGCGAGAAGAGAAGGCUUCUGAGCACAAGGCCAAGUCCUUGGGGGAGAAGUCUCCAGCAGCCUCUGGGGCUAGGAGGCCUGAGGCAGUGGAAGGGGAAGUGGCUACGGCUUCCAGCUCCACCGAGACCCCUGCAGGUGGCCUGGCCACAGAGCCUGAGUCUGUGUUUGCCCUGGAUGUUCUUCGACAGCGACUGCAUGAGAAGAUCCAGGAGGCCCGGGGCCAGGGCAGUGCCAAGGCGCUGUCCCCUGCUGCCCUGGAGAAAAGGCAGCGGAGAAAGCAGGAACGGGACCGGAAGAAGAGGAAGCGAAAGGAGCUGCGGGCGAAAGAGAAGGCCAGGAAGGCUGAGGAGGCCGCGGAGGCCCAGGAGCCAGUGGAGCCCGUCCCAGAGGGGACCGGCAGGGAGCCUCGGGAGCCGCCGGGGCUGAUCUUCAAUAAGGUGGAGGUGAGUGAGGACGAGCCGGCCAGCAGGGCGCAGCGCAGGAAGGAGAAGAGGCGGAGGGUGAAGGGGAACCUCACGCCGCUGACCGGGAGGAACUACCGGCAGCUGCUGGAGCGCCUGCAGGCGCGGCGGGGCCGGCUGGACGAGCUGCGCGGCCAGGAUGAGGGGAAGGCGCAGGAGCUGGAGGCCAAGAUGAAGUGGACCAACCUCCUGUACAAGGCGGAGGGCGUGAAGAUCCGUGACGACGAGCGCCUGCUGCAGGAGGCCCUGAAGCGCAAGGAGAAGCGCAGGGCGCAGCGGCAGCGCGGGUGGGAGAGGCGCACGGCCCGCGUGGUGGAGAAGAUGCAGCAGCGCCAGGACCGGCGGCGGCAGAACCUGCGCAGGAAGAAGGCGGCCCGCGCCGAGCGCCGCCUGCUCAAGGCCCGCAAGAAGGGCCGCAUCCUGCCGCAGGACCUGGAGCGCGCGGGCCUGGCCUGAGCCUUCCCGCCUGGGAGGCUCCAGGGGACCCUCUGAGUCCUUGAUGGUGGCUCAUCCCAGGAUCUCCGCGGACCUCGGCCCCUCCGUGUGAAGGGGACAGAGUCGUGCUCUGCUGAGUUGUGAGGGCUCAGGUCUCCCGUGUGAGAGAGGAUGUUUCAGCGUCAUCCUUGAAAAUGGGGCCGGGGCCUUCAGACCCAGGGAAAGGGUGAGUCAGACUGGGGUCGGGUCUUUCCCGGGCCUGAAAGCUUCCCCGAAGUUUGCAGGGUCAGGGAGGAGGGAUGGUGGGGUGCGCAGUCACUGCCUCUUCCCUGCCUGUGUUCGCAGGAGCCACAGCACCGAACAGGGUGGCCUCUAUUGCCAGGCCACCUUAGCUCACAGCUCACAAGGACGGCGCUGAGGUGUAGCGUAGGGACACCUGGCACUCGGGAGUGGCAGGAGCAUGUCCGGGCAUGGGGCAUCCUGGGACAGAACGCCACGGCUCCUCGCCCCUCUCUUGGCUUCUGCCUGUGGGGGUCUCAUUCCUUUCUCUUCUUCACUGCUCAGAAUUUAGAGGGAGGGAGGGAGCUGUCCUUCCCAGAGUCUGUGCAUGUGAGUUGGGCCCGGUGCAUUGGCCCAAAGGAAAAGAGAAUAAAACUAGAGAGUGUGAGGCAAAUGGAAGACAGAAAGUGGGAUGGAAGAAUUAAAUCCAAAGCUACAGGCAGUCAGAUGAAUGCAGGUUGAAUCAACUCAGGUGAAUUUUAGUGGUAUACGGAGAUAAAGCUGUAAAUAAAAUUCUUUGGUCUCGGGCUAUGAGACAAAGAUUGUAAAUGAAAGGGAGCUGGCGUGUCUGAUGAGACAGUAGACUGAG